AUUAAUUUACACAUAUAAGUUAUACAUGUCAUAGAAGUGUGAUUAUCUGCUACCAAAGCUGUAUUUCCCCCGCAGCUUGUUCGUUCUUAAGUUACCCCAUUUCAAGUAUAGUGUACCCAUCGUAGUGUCCCAAAUGUUAUCAGCCGCGGCGAAGAUCCCACCGAUCACGAUGAGCAAACUCUACGUGGGCAAUCUGCCCAACGAGACGAACGAGAUCAAACUGAGGCAGUUGUUCGUCGAGCAGAACCUCUCCUGCACCAACAUCCUGAUCAAACGGGGCGGCUACGCCUUCGUCGAUUGCCCGGACCAGUCUUCGGCCGACAGGGCCAUCGACAAGCUCAACGGUUUCAACUUCAACGGCUCGGCCUUGGUCGUGGAGCCCUCCGUGGCUUCGGUGAAGAAGAAGUCGAACGCCGCCAUCCACGAGCCGCCCUCCAUCAACGUGAGCAAUCACUGGAUGAGGACCACGGCGUCGGACCGCUAGCGAUCGGAUUCGUCGAUGAUCGAUCACUUCGAACGGAAAGCCUAUUGUAAACGAAGAGUAUAUUUAUUUGCACGUACAUUUUGUAAUAAACUAAAGUAAUACGCACGGAACUGAAUCUUUCGGGUUGUCUUGUUGUAUAAUGUGA